AUGUAUCGCCGCCGCCUCCUGACCGCGCCGCGUAUCGCGCUCGGCACGUCCGCCGCCCUGCUCUCCGUCGGCGCAUACUACACCCUCCGCCCCUCCCCACUCCUCACCGAAUCGUCAUCUACGCCCGUCACUCGCCGCCGUCCAGGUCCAUUAUGGUCCCCUCCCUCCCGGUCACAGAUGCUCGACCACCUCCGAACGUCCGGUAUUUACCUGACACGGACGGAGGAGGGUGGGCCGGAAUCGGGACCCGUCCCGUCCGCCCAGAGUGGGAAGAGCAGGAAUAUCGACGAGGUCGGGGACGAUGAGGAUGUCUUUGACUUGUUAAUUGUCGGUGGAGGCGCGACCGGUGCGGGAACCGCAUUGGACGCUGCGAGUCGCGGGUUGAAGGUGGCUUGCGUGGAGAGGGAUGACUUCGCGGCGGGAACGAGUAGUAAGAGUACCAAGUUGGUUCAUGGGGGUGUGCGGUAUCUGCAAAAGGCGAUCUUCGAGCUGGACUAUGAACAGUACAAGCUCGUCAGGGAGGCAUUGAGGGAGCGAAAGAUCUUCCUCGAGACUGCCCCUCAUCUCAGUUUCCCCCUUCCUAUCCUCUUGCCCGUGUACAAAUGGUGGCAGCUCCCUUACUUCUUCGCCGGGACCAAGCUGUACGAUAUCCUCGCCGGAAGCCAAAACAUGGAGGGAUCCUACAUCAUGUCCAAGAAGGGCGCGGCCGAGGCUUUCCCCAUGUUGAAGACGGACGGCCUUGUCGGUGGUGUCGUCUACUAUGACGGCCAGCACAACGACUCCCGAAUGAACAUCGCACUGGCGAUGACGGCGGUGCAGCACGGCGCUAUUGUCGCGAACCAUACGGAGGUGACCAAGUUGCACAAGAAGGCGGACCCGAGCAAGGGUGGUAAGGAGCGGAUAGUGGGCGCGAGGCUGAAGGAUAUGAUGACGGGUGAAGAGUGGGAUGUCAAGUGUCGCGGUGUGAUCAACGCUACCGGCCCGUUCUGUGACGGGUUGAGAAAGCUUGAUGAGCCGAGCGUACAGGAGAUUGUUGCUCCUUCCGCCGGUGUUCACAUUACCCUUCCCAACUACUACGGACCCAAGAACCUCGGUCUCCUCGACCCCGCGACCUCUGACGGCCGAGUCAUCUUCUUCCUCCCCUGGCAAGGCAACGUCAUCGCCGGGACGACCGACUCACCAACGACCGUCUCCCAGAACCCCAUCCCGCCAGAGAAGGAGAUCCAGUGGAUUCUCGACGAAGUCCGGAACUACCUCUCGCCGGACGUCAAGGUCCGUCGUGGAGAUGUGCUCUCCGCGUGGAGCGGGAUCAGGCCGCUGGUCCGUGAUCCGGAUGCGAAGAACACGGAGAGUUUGGUCAGGAACCACAUGAUCAAUACGAGUGAGGGGGGUUUGUUGACUAUCGCCGGUGGAAAGUGGACUACCUACCGGGCGAUGGCAGAGGAGACGAUCGACGCUGCGAUCAAGGAGUUCAACCUCGGCCGAUACGUCAAUGGCCCGUCCCAGACCGACCACAUCAAGCUUAUCGGCGCCCAUGCGUGGACAAAGACCAUGUACAUCAAGCUCAUCCAGCAAUUCGGGCUCGAGAUGGAGGUCGCAAAGCACCUGGCCGAGUCGUAUGGAGACAGGGCGUGGACAGUGGCUAGUAUGGCCAAGCCGACCGGUCAAUCAUGGCCACUCCACGGGAUCCGCCUCUCCCCGUCCUACCCUUACAUCGAGGCCGAAGCCCGCUAUGCCGUCCGAUGCGAGUACGCCCUGAACGCCGUGGACUUUAUCGCACGCCGAACUCGACUUUCGUUCCUCAAUGUCCAGAUGUCGCUUGAGGCCUUGCCGCGCGUUCUGGACAUCAUGGGCGAAGAGCUCGGAUGGGACUUGAAGCGCAAGGAGCAGGAGUUUGAUCAGGCUGUUUACUUCCUGCGAAGUAUGGGGCUGCCUGAGGUGACAGGUAUCAAGCUUGCAGAUGUGAUCAGGAACCACGGGUCGACUCAGCCGCUGGGUCUCAGCCAGACCGACGCGCAGCUGUUCGGCCGCGCCCAGUUCACCCCGGAUGAGGUCGCGAACCUCCGCAAGCAGUUUGAGCAGUUUGACUUUGACCACGACCAGAAGAUCACCCGCGCGGAUCUGCUCGAAGCGAUGAAGAACAUGGGGUACGAAGCCUCCUCCGAUCGCGCCGAUGGCAUCCUCCGAGAGGUGGACUUUGGGCGGAAGGGCGAGAUUGAUUUCCAGGACUAUCUCGACAUCGCGGCAGGGAUGAAGGAGCUUCAGCUCGACUCGGCCUUCACUCACCUUGCGCAGAUGCACACCACGAGGGAUAUCGCCAAGGGCGAUAAGGCUAUUGGGCCCAGAGGAGGAGAAGAGAGUGUGGAGAGGGAUAACAGGCGCAAGAUCUCAGUCGAGCGGAGUGGAGGGGGAACGUAA